CUGCGCGACAUCGGGCCCGGCAUCCUGUCGUACUAUCAGGAGACGUCAACCCAGAACGAUCUACUUGUCGCUGGACCCGAUGGCGCAGGCUACACCUAUCCAGGGGUCUGGCCCGGAGGAGCCCUGUCUGCGUACCUUAAUCAAAGCGGGGAUUACAUGCGGUCCACGCAAACGGACAAGGUGUUGUUUGUGUACAACCGUGUCAACUCCACCGAUACCCCGCUGACGCCCGAGGUGACCGUUGCUUUUCGCGACGCGGUGGGAGAGGAUAGGCUUCGUGGGAUCCUCUUUGGGUCUUUCGUCUCUACACUGGAGAGCCUCCAGGCGAAUGUGACUGGAGGAUUUCCAAUAACAAACAUGGUAGGUAUCGGGGACGAAGAGAGUGGUGCUGCGACGCUGAGGAACAUUUCAGAUAAUUGGGGGCGUCGCGGCCCCUUGUUCGUCGCGGGCGCUCUCGCGGCCUUCGACAUGACGCCGGCAAAUGUUAGUCGCAUGGUCGAGCAAUUAGGGCCUGAAUUUGAAGUUGUCCGUCCUGAUAAGUGGUUCGAGCUGUUGAGAAAGGCGGCGUCAAAUAACACGGGCCUGCAGGGACCAACCGCCCUAACCCACAGCCACCAGUCUUGA